CGGAUGUGAAUGGAUUACAAUGUAUCUUUCAGGGAAACCUAUUAUUAUCAAUGUGACUCCACGGGGGAGUCAAUGGUGAUGAUGAUGAGGAUGAUGAUGAUGAUGAGGAGACACCUCUAAACUUGGAACAAGUUUAAGACUUUAUGAGGAGAAGAAAAAAAAGCCACCAAGAUUUGUUUGAUGAAAAAUUAUAACUCUCCUGUGUUAUUCUUUUUUUUAUAAACAAUAAGAAAAAGUUGUUGGAUUUUUUUUUAAUGCUUUCUUUUUUUGGGGGGAGGGAAUUUUGUUGCAGUUUUAUGGUGGAAAAUGCAAAAACCAGAGCCAGGUGCAUAAUCUUGUAAUCUGUGGAAUAUCCCUGGAGCAGGACUGAGUACCAGUUAAGAUACUUUUUUGGGGAUACACAUGUGAGAUACUAAAUACUUGCAGAAGAUUUUUGUCUCUCUUUUUUAAAAAGUCUCUUUCCUUGGAAUAUUGUGAGCAUAUUUGUGGCCAUUUAAGGUUUGUGUGAUUUUGCUAAAAUGCAUCACCAACAGCGAAUGGCUGCCUUAGGGACGGACAAAGAGCUGAGUGAUUUACUGGAUUUCAGUGCGAUGUUUUCACCUCCUGUGAGCAGUGGGAAAAAUGGACCAACUUCUCUGGCGAGUGGACAUUUCACUGGCUCAAAUGUAGAAGACAGAAGUAGCUCAGGGUCCUGGGGGAAUGGAGGACAUCCAAGCCCGUCCAGGAACUAUGGAGAUGGGACUCCCUAUGAUCACAUGACCAGCAGGGACCUUGGGUCACACGACAAUCUCUCUCCACCUUUUGUCAAUUCCAGAAUACAAGGUAAAACAGAAAGGGGCUCAUACUCAUCUUAUGGGAGAGAAUCAAACUUACAGGGUUGCCACCAGCAGAGUCUCCUGGGAGGUGACAUGGAUAUGGGCAACCCAGGGACCCUUUCGCCCACCAAGCCCGGUUCCCAGUACUACCCGUACUCUAGCAGUAACCCCCGAAGGAGGCCUCUUCACCACAGUAGUGCCAUGGAGGUACAGACAAAGAAAGUUCGAAAGGUUCCGCCAGGUUUGCCCUCUUCAGUCUAUGCCCCAUCAGCAAGCACUGCCGACUACAAUAGGGACUCGCCAGGUUACCCUUCUUCAAAACCAGCAGCCAGCACUUUCCCCAGCUCCUUCUUCAUGCAAGAUGGCCAUCACAGCAGUGACCCUUGGAGCUCCUCCAGUGGGAUGAAUCAGCCUGGCUACGGAGGGAUGUUGGGCAAUUCUUCUCAUAUUCCACAGUCUAGCAGCUACUGCAGCCUGCAUCCACAUGAACGUUUGACCUAUCCACCACACUCCUCAGCAGACAUCAAUUCCAGUCUUCCGCCGAUGUCCACUUUCCACCGGAGUGGCACAAACCAUUACAGCGCCUCUUCCUGCACGCCUCCUGCCAACGGGACAGACAGUAUCAUGGCAAAUAGAGGAAGCGGAGCAGCAGGCGGCUCCCAGACUGGAGAUGCUCUGGGGAAAGCACUGGCUUCGAUCUAUUCUCCAGAUCAUACUAACAACAGCUUUUCAUCAAACCCUUCAACUCCUGUUGGCUCUCCUCCCUCACUCUCAGCAGGCACUGCUGUUUGGUCCAGAAAUGGAGGGCAGGCCUCGUCAUCUCCUAAUUACGAAGGACCCUUACACUCUUUGCAAAGCCGAAUCGAAGAUCGUUUAGAAAGGCUGGAUGAUGCUAUCCAUGUUCUCCGGAAUCAUGCUGUGGGCCCAUCCACAGCUAUGCCUGGUGGUCACGGAGACAUGCAUGGGAUCAUCGGGCCUUCUCAUAAUGGAGCCAUGGGUGGACUGGGCUCAGGGUAUGGAACCGGUCUUCUAUCAGCCAACAGACAUUCACUCAUGGUGGGGGCCCACCGUGAAGAUGGCGUGGCCCUGAGAGGCAGCCAUUCCCUUGUGCCAAACCAGGUUCCGGUUCCACAGCUGCCUGUCCAGUCUGCCACUUCCCCGGACUUGAACCCACCCCAGGAUCCUUACCGAGGCAUGCCACCAGGCCUCCAGGGACAGAGCGUCUCGUCCGGCAGCUCUGAGAUCAAGUCCGACGAUGAGGGCGACGAGAACCUGCAGGACACGAAAUCGUCCGAGGACAAGAAAUUAGACGACGACAAGAAGGAUAUCAAAUCCAUUACUAGGUCAAGAUCUAGCAAUAACGACGACGAAGACCUCACGCCGGAGCAGAAGGCGGAGCGCGAGAAGGAGCGGAGGAUGGCCAACAACGCCCGCGAGCGCCUGCGGGUCCGCGACAUCAACGAGGCCUUCAAGGAGCUGGGCCGCAUGGUGCAGCUUCAUCUCAAGAGCGACAAGCCCCAGACCAAGCUCCUGAUCCUGCACCAGGCCGUGGCGGUCAUCCUCAGCCUGGAGCAGCAGGUCCGAGAAAGGAACCUGAAUCCGAAAGCCGCCUGCCUGAAGAGAAGGGAGGAAGAAAAGGUGUCCUCGGAGCCACCCCCGCUCUCCUUGGCCGGUCCUCACCCCGGGAUGGGAGACGCAUCCAAUCACAUGGGACAGAUGUGAAGGGCAAGUCCAAGUUGCCACAUUGCUUCAUUAAAACAAGAGACCACUUCCUUAACAGCUGUAUUAUCUUAAACCCACAUAAACACUUCUCCUUAAACCCCUUUUUUGUAAUAUAAGACAAGUCUGAGUAGUUAUGAAUCACAGACGCAAGAGGUUUCAGCAUUCCCAAUUAUCAGAAAACAGAAAACACACACAAAAAAAAGAGAGAGAGAGAGAAAAGAAAAAGAACGGG